UAACGCCAUGCAGCUCACCGAGACGCCGCCGUCCACGAGCGCGAGCGCAUCAGCCUCGCCGAGCUCGUCGCGCUCGGCCUCCCCGGUCCCCUCGGACCCCCCCUCGCCCCUCCUCCAGCCAACAGGCAACCCGUUCCCCUCGCUCGACCAUCUGCGGUCCUCGCUGCCGUCGUCGCGCGCCGCGUCCCCCUUCCCAGACCUGGACCAGGUGCCAGCAGCAGCGGAGCUCCACGGGCCGUUUGAGAACCUCCUCACCGCGGCGGCGGGCAAGCUCGACACGGCGCUCCUGUACGCCUCGGAGCGCUCGCACGCGGCGCUCGACGACGCGAGCCACCGCGCCGAGAAUGCGCCCGCGCUGCGCGGCCGCACCGAGGCGACGAGCGCCGUCAUCUCCGGCGUUGGGGCGGGGCUCGACGGCGUGUUCGCCGGCGUGAGCUGGAUGCUGGGGGCCGUGCUGGCCGGCGUUGGGCGGGGCAUCGACCACGGCCUCGGGCUGGAUCGCGUGGUAGACGAGCGCGACAGCCCUGCCGCCGCCGCGGCGCAGGAAGAGAACGUCAUCUUCUCCGCGUACGCUGCCGACCCGGACUCCAACCAGCCGCUCGCGCCGGGCGAGCGCGCCGAGGAGAAGAGGGAGACGACCAAGGCCGCCGACAAGGCAUAG